AUGAAUAUGCAAAAUUUUAGUAUUAAUAUUGAAGCUUUUGAUAGGAUCACAUAUGUUGAUCCUGAAAAACUAAAAGAUUUAAAAUUUCAAUAUGUAAAAGCUUUAGAUCUUUUUAAUAUUGCUUAUUUUAAUAUUUGUAAUAGAUAUCAUGAAUUCCCUUCUUUAAUUAUUUAUAAAAAACGUAUUUUUAAUAAAAUUGAUACUAAUUCACAUCCAAUCAAUAAUAGCGAAGAUUAUAAUGAUAGUGAUAAUGAAAUAACUGAUGAUAAUAAAUCUAAUGAAG